GAAUUUUGAGGCUCAAUGUUGGAUUUGAAGACUAUGAGAAAGCAUCAACAUCAGAAUGAAUUAGAGAUCUUAACUACACGUACUAUGAUUUUCCACUAUAAAUAUGAGCACUCCUUGUUAGCUUUCCAAAGUACAAGUAAGCAAGCAUAUAUUCCUACCUUAUUUUUUCUUUAAUCAGUGUCAUAAGAUGGCAAAGUUAAAUAAACUAGUUGGAAUAGUUUGUGUGAUGUUAAUGUUGGUGAUAGGAAUAUCAGAGUGUCGCAAAGUCAAAGAAGAAGAGUCCCUAGAAAGCAUUGGUGGUGGUUUUGGUGGUGGACAAGGGUUUGGAAAAGGAGGUGGACAUGGAGGUGGUAUAGGAGGAGGUGAAAGUGGUGGAUUUGGAGGUAAUGGUGGUGCAGGAGGCGGUGGUGAGAAAGGUGGCGAAUUUGGAGGUGGUGCGGGUAGUGGUAAUGGUGGAGGAAUUGGAGGUGGUGCUGGUGGAGGGCAUGGAGGAGGUGGAGAUGUAGGAGGUGGUAGCGAACCAGGUGGAGGCUUUGGAGGCGGAAAAGGUGGUGGUAUUGGAGGAGGAGUUGGAGGUGGUGCCGGUGGAGGGCAUGGAGGAGGCGGAGGUGGUAGCGGAUCAGUUGGAGGCUUUGGAGGCGACAAAGGUGAUGGUAUUGAAGGAGGAGUUGGAGGUAGUGCUGGUGGAGGGCAUGGAGGAAGCGGAGGUGUAGGAGGUGGUAGAGGAUCAGGUGGAGGCUUUGGAGGCGGCAAAGGUGGUGGUAUUGGAGGAGGAGUUGGAGGUGGUGCUGGUGGUGGAGCUGGAGGUGGCUUUGGUGGAGGGCAUGGAGGUGACAUUGGAGGAGGAGCCAAUGGUGGUGUAGGAGAAGGAGUCAGGGGUGGUGCUGGUGGUGGCCAUGGAGGAGGUGUUGGUGGCGGAAAUGGUGGUGGUGUUAGAGGUGGUGCUGGUGGUGGAUUUGGUGGAGGCCAUGAAGGUGGCAUUAGAGGAGGAGCUGGUAAUGAUGGUGGUAACAAUGGAGGAAUAAGAGGUGGAUUUGGAAGUGGUGCUGGUGGAGGUCAUGGAGGUGGCAUUGGAGGAGGAGCUAGUGGUAGUGGCGGAAAUAGUAGAGGUAUAGGAGGAGGAGUUGGUGGAGGCCAUGAAGGUGGCAUUGGAGGAGGAUCUAGUAGUGGUGGUGUAGGAGGAGGAGUUGGGGGUGGUGCUGGUGCUGGUGCCGGAGGUGGAGUUGGUGGAGGCCAUGGAGGAGGUGUUGGUGGUGGUAGUGGAAACGGUGGAGGUGUAGGAAUUGGAGGUGGUGUUGGUGGUGGAGUCGGAGGUGGAUUUGGUGGAGGCCAUAAUGGAGGAGUCGGUGGUAGUGGCGGGAACAAUGGAGGUGUAGGAGUUGAAGGUGGUGCUGGUGGUGGAGUCGGAGGUGGCUUCGGUGGAGGCCAAGGAAGUGGCAUUGGAGAAGGAUCUGGCAGUGGAAGAGAUGUAGGAGGAGGAGUUGGUGGUGGAGUCGGAAGUGGAUUUGGUGGAGGCCAUAAUGGAGGAGUCGGUGGUAGUGGCGAGAACAGUGAAGGUGUAGGAGUUGGAGGUGGUGCUGGUGGUGGAGUCGGAGGUGGCUUCGGUGGAGGCCAAGGAAGUGACAUUGGAGAAGGAUAUGGGAGUGGAAGAGGUGCAGGAGGAGGAGUUGGUGGUGGAGUCGGAAAUGGAUUUGAUGGAGGCCAUAAAAGUGGGGCUGAUGGUGGUAUAGGUGUGGGAGUCGGUGUUGGUGGAGAUCUUGGAAGAGGCAAUGGCGAAGGUGGUAUAUUCUAAUUUAAAAGUAAAAGUUAUAUGUUUCCUGUAUAACAUCCAAAUAUGGACUUAAAAUAGUUCUAUAAUACUAAAUAAAAUUUUAAAUUUUAUGAUGCU